AUGGCCGUCGAGAUCAGGUACGAGACGGCGGGCGUGUCGUCGGACUUGAACUGCCUUAUCAUACAUAGUAUGAAGUCUACGACAGUCACCACCGAUAGGGUCAGCGCCGUAGCCAUACGGGCGCUGUUGUAUGCGUUCCACGCGAUGGCCGGCCGUCGGGUGCGGAACAUGUCUGCGAUUACUACCGGAUUAAUACUGAAGGGUUGGAAGAAUCCGUUGACCAGCGCUGACCUGUGGGCUGUGCGCCGAGAGGACCGGUGCCGUAAAGUGUACGGCGAGUUCAGCAGUAUAUGGAAAGGCACUAAAUUAGUGGAAGAGUUGACCGCCGAAGACGACGAAAGAGUGGUGUCGGAGUUGAGCGGAAAGUCCGGCGAUAUUAAGCUUUUGAUCGCUUUCACUACUGACCCACUUGAGCCCGAUUGGCACGGCUAUAUGUACGCCUGUUUACUUAUUUUCACCAACAUCUUCCAGAGUCUUAUCAAUGGUUAUCAAUCACAGCGUAUGGCUGUGUUGGGUAUGAGGAUUAGGACAUGUCUGAUAUCAGCCGUAUAUAGGAAGUCAUUGGUAUUAAGCAAUCACUCAAAGACUGCCACCACUUCUGGAGAGAUCGUUAAUCUCAUGGCAGUUGACGCUCAGAGAUUUGUCGAUAUGUUGCCGUAUCUAAGUUUCCUAUGGACAGCACCGGUACAGGUGGGCAUUUCGCUGUAUUUACUAUACAACGAGAUGGGUUACGCCACGUUUGGUGGACUCGUAGUGAUGCUUAUGUUGAUUCCCAUCAAUGGUUAUGUCAGCGCUAAGAUCCAGAAGAUUCAGACAAAACAAAUGAAACUUAAGGAUGAAAGAGUGCGGGGUUUGAAUGAAAUACUUGGUGGUAUCAAAGUGCUCAAGUUAUACGGUUGGGAAGAGGCGUUUGUGGAUAAUAUACUGGCCAUACGGCGCCGGGAGUUGAAUUUGAUCCGUAAAAGUGGUCUAAUAAGUGGUGUGACGGUUGUAUUGGCCGGCAUUACGCCAUUUCUCGUAGCUUUGGUCACAUUUGGUAUAUACAUAGCGAUGGGAAACACAUUAGACGCUCAGAAAGCGUUUGUUUCAAUAGCUUUAUUCAAUUUGUUAAGAAUACCCUUAACUAUAGUGCCAAAUAUGGUUACAAGUUUGAUCUUGACAUUAGUAUCGGUGAAACGUUUGGAUAAAUUCCUGAAUUUUUCGGAACUCAUGGGUUAUGUGAACAGAAAUAAGGACCAAAAAGAGGUAAUAAAAGUGGAAAACGCGUCGUUUACGUGGGAAAGGGUAGAGGAUGUGGUGGACGGGGGUCUCAAACCUACUCUCGACAAGAUUAACCUUAAAGUAAUGAAAGGCAAGUUUGUCGCCGUCGUUGGAAAUGUGGGCUCCGGUAAGAGCUCUUUAUUGUCGGCUCUGUUGGGAGAUAUGGAGAUAUGCAGUGGAAGUGUGAAUAUCAAUGGGAACUCAGAGUUAGCUUAUGUACCACAACAGGCGUGGAUACAAAACGCCACUUUGAAAGACAAUAUACUGUUUGGCAAAGAGUUUGAUUCCAAGAAAUACCGAAAGAUCAUCAAAGCGUGUGCUCUGAAGUCGGAUCUGUUGACACUCGCCGGCGGAGACGAGACAGAGAUCGGCGAAAAGGGUAUUAACUUAAGCGGCGGUCAGAAACAAAGG